AUGCAUCUUGCCAUCGCUGAUCUUGUUGCCGUUUUUCUUACGAUUUUACCACAGUUUGUGUGGGAUAUCACGGAUGAGUUCUUGGCUCCCGAUUUCGUCUGCCGCGUGGUCAAGUACGGACAAGUCUUUGGUAUGUAUCUGCCCACGUAUGUCCUCGUAAUGACGGCGUUGGAUCGUUACAUGGCUAUCUGCCACCCGAUGUCCGGAAUGAAGGGAACUCAGAAAAGAACACGUAUGAUGAUUAUAUCAGCGUGGUUACUGUCUCUUCUAUUUAGUAUUCCGCAGGCGUUUAUUUUCCAUUUGGUUAAAACCCCAACAUAUUCAACUUGCAGAUCACAAUGGGCUAUAGCGCCCCCAGCGGGCCCGCGGGCCUACAUCACGUUCGUCACUAUCAUGGUUUAUAUACUACCAACCAUUUUUCUUGCCUGGUCGUACGGCAGAAUUUGGCGCGAAGUAGCAAAAAACGCCCAGCUCAAGUCUCAAUGGGAAAGUAAAGCCUUCCGGGCUACAUACGCUAAUGGACAUGCACACAGUUUUCCAAAUGUCACGAGACGUACCAGCAGUAACGGAGAUACUCAAACAAACGCCAGGGGCGUCCUCGUUCCCAGGACUCACUAUGCGGGAAGGGGAAUUACGAAAGCUAAAGUGACAAUGGCUAAAAUGACGUGCGUGAUUGUUGUUGUCUAUUUUACCUGUUGGACGCCAUAUUUCUGGGUACAAAUGUGGAAGGCUUGGGAUCCCGACGCAGACAUAGAAAACUUAGCAUCCGUUAUAUUGGAACUGACGGCUAACAUAAAUUGCUGCACGAAUCCUUGGAUAUAUAUGUCUUUCAGUGGCAAUCUAAUAAAGGAACUUCGCCGAAUAUGCUGCGGUCGAAAAAUAAGCUUGUUUGGUCGGACGGGGACGAAUUCCAGCGACAGGGACUAUCGUUACGGAUCAUCAAGAUUUUACAAAUCGCCGGCAACGAGGAGUGCUUCAUGUACAACUGCGUUGUCCGUCAGCCACAAGCCACCUGGCGCUAACUUUGCCUGUGAUUUCCACCACCAAUUUGGCGAUGAGCGCCACGUGCUUUCGGUCUCGUCUGAGUCUGCGCAAUCCAGAGCGCAUGAAUCCUCGUCCCAAGCUCGCGAUUCGGUAUCUUUACCGACUACACCGACAACCCCGGAACCAAUACCCGCGCCGUCGGCGAACUCAAAGAAAGACCCCGAAAAGUCAUAUAUGGAGAUGUUUACAUCUGUCUAA